UCAAUUAGAACAUGAUACCUUCUUCGGUUCAUCAUAAUCAUAGUUUUCCCUACCCAAAAAAACAAAAAAAAGGUCCUUUUCCUAUUUCCUUUUUCCUUUUAUUAAAAAUAAUUUUAAAAAAUAAUUUAAUUCCCACUUUAAAUUACACUCAACAAGUAGAAUACUCCCAAUAUCACCACGUUCCAAUUUCACCAAAAAAUAACCACCCACAAAACACAACCCCACUUCUUCUUCAUCAUCCUUCAUUCCUUCCAUGCUAACUUCCUCCCCACAAACAUGUUCGCCAUAACCGUUUUCCUUUUCUCCCUAUUCUUAUCUUCUCCAUUACCAACUUUUUCACUAAACCAAGAAGGCCUUUACUUACAAAAUCUCAAACAAACACUAGAUGAUCCAGACAAUGCUUUAUCUACUUGGAAUGCCCGUUCUGAUACCCCCUGCCACUGGACUGGGGUCUCAUGUAAUUCUUCAACUGGUUCCGUCAUUUCUCUGAAUUUGACUAAUUCAAAUCUUUUUGGUCCUUUUCCUCUUACUCUUUGCCAUCUUCAUUCUCUUUCUUACAUCUCACUAUAUAAUAAUUCUAUCAAUGGUUCUCUACCGUCUGAUAUAUCCAUGUGUAAGAGUCUUCGUUAUCUUGAUUUGUCUGAGAAUCUUCUCGUCGGGAAGUUGCCGGACUCUUUAGCUUUACUGACGGAACUUGAGUAUUUGGAUUUGAGUUAUAAUAACUUUUCUGGGGAAGUUCCAGAAACUUUUGCAAGUUUCCAGAAUCUUCAGGAGGUUAAUCUUAUUGAGAAUUUACUUGAUGGGAAAUUCCCAGAUGUUUUCUUCAAUGUUUCGACGUUGAAGACGCUUAAUCUGAGUUAUAAUCCCUUUAAACCGAGUCAACUCAGUUCUGAUAUUGCUAAGCUUACGAGUCUUGAGUAUUUCUGGGCUGCUAAUUGUAGCUUGGUUGGUGAAUUGCCAGAAUCAUUAGGUCAACUUAAAAAGUUGAUUAACUUCGACGUUUCUAGUAAUGGGUUGAGUGGGAAGAUACCGAGUUCACUCACUGAGUUAACGAGUGCCUAUCAGAUAGAACUUUAUGGGAACGAGUUUACCGGCGAGUUUCCUGCUGGGUGGUCGAAAAUGACGUCUCUAAGACUCUUUGAUGCGUCAAUGAAUAAAUUAACUGGAACGAUUCCAGACGAGUUGACUCAACUUCAACUCGCUUCUCUCAAUUUAUAUGAGAAUCAGCUUGAAGGAACAAUCCCAGAAAGCAUAGCAAACUCAUCAAAUCUUUAUGAAUUAAAGCUUUUCAGUAACCAACUCAGUGGUGAGUUGCCUCGGAAUCUUGGUGCUAACUCAGAGUUGAAUCUCAUUGAUGUUUCAUACAACAAUCUCACUGGUGAACUUCCUCCAAAUUUAUGCUCAAAGGGUGCUUUAUCCGAGCUUUUGUUGUUAAAUAACAAAUUUUCUGGCGAAAUACCGACAACUUAUGCAGUUUGCCGGAAUCUAGAUCGGAUAAGAUUGAGCAAUAAUCAAUUAUCCGGCAAUGUACCAGUUGGGUUAUGGGGAUUACCUCAUAUGUCAUUAUUGGAACUUUCACACAAUUCAUUUUCAGGGGAAAUAUCAAAAACAAUUGCUUCUGCUUCAAAUUUGUCUCAACUUUUGGUUUCUAACAACAAUUUUGAAGGAAAAAUUCCUGAAGAAAUUGGGUUUUUGAGAAAUUUGUUGAGCUUUGUGGGAAAUGAUAAUAAGUUCUCUGGAUCAUUACCUGAUUCACUGGGCAAUUUGGUUCAUUUAGGGAGGCUAAAUUUGGAUAAUAACGAGAUGUCUGGAGAAAUCCCAUCUGGGAUUAAGUCCAUGAAGUAUCUAAACGAGCUAAAUUUAGCUAAUAACCAGUUCUCCGGGAAGAUUCCGGCUGGAAUUGGAGGGUUAUCGACGCUAAAUUACCUCGAUUUGUCGAAUAAUCAACUUUCCGGUGAAGUCCUUGAUGAACUACAGAAUCUAAAGCUUAACCAGCUGAAUUUGUCGAAUAAUCGGCUUUCGGGUGAUCUUCCUCCAUUGUUUGCAAAGGAAAUGUAUAAGAGUUCUUUUCUAGGGAACCCUGGUUUAUGUGGUGAUAUUUCAGGGCUUUGUCAAAGUAGUGGUGUAGUGAAAAAGAAGAGAUAUCUUUGGCUGUUAAGAACAAUUUUUGUUCUUGCUGCAGUAAUCUUCUUGGUUGGUGUAGUUUGGUAUUACUACAAGUACAAGAAAUUUAAGCAAGCCAAAAGUGUAAUUGAAAAAUCAAAAUGGACUUUAAUGUCAUUUCAUAAACUUGGUUUUAGUGAGUAUGAGAUUUUGGAUUGUUUAGAUGAAGAUAAUGUGAUUGGAACUGGUGCUUCUGGUAAGGUUUACAAAGCUGUGCUAAGUAAUGGUGAAGCUGUUGCUGUUAAGAAGUUGUGGGGCCCUUCUAAGGUCAUCGACGGAGAUGAUGUCGAGCAUGGUUUUGGCGGUGUGCAGGGCAACGGGUUUGAGGCUGAAGUCGAGACGUUGGGGAAGAUUAGGCACAAGAAUAUAGUGAGGUUAUGGUGUUGUUGUAAGACUAAGGACUGUAAAUUGCUUGUUUAUGAGUAUAUGCCUAAUGGUAGUUUAGGCGAUUUGUUGCAUAGUCCUAAAGGAGGGUUGUUAGAUUGGCCUACUAGGUACAAAAUUGCCUUAGAUGCUGCUGAGGGGUUAUCUUACUUGCAUCAUGAUUGUGUUCCGGCUAUUGUUCAUCGCGAUGUUAAGUCCAAUAACAUUCUUUUGGAUGGUGAAUAUGGAGCUAAAGUAGCCGAUUUUGGGGUGGCCAAAGUGGUGGAUGCAAUCGGAAAAGGGAAUAAAUCGAUGUCGGUCAUUGCUGGUUCUUGUGGGUACAUUGCUCCUGAGUAUGCUUACACUCUCCGAGUCAAUGAAAAGAGCGAUACAUACAGCUUUGGGGUCGUAAUUUUGGAAUUAGUGACCGGAAAACGACCUGUGGACCCGGAAUAUGGGGAGAAGGAUUUGGUGAAGUGGGUUUGUACAACCAUGGACCAGAAGGGUGUGGACAGUGUUAUUGACCCGAAACUCGAUACUUGUUUCAAGGAAGAGAUUUUAAAAGUCCUUAACAUAGGUUUGCUAUGUACUAGCCCUUUACCCAUCAACCGUCCGUCCAUGAGGCGGGUUGUGAAAACGCUGCAUGAAGUGAGCGGCGAAAAUUUGUUGAAAUCUGGCAAGAGAGACGGAAAACUAACACCGUACUACUAUGAAGACGCGUCCGAUCAAGGAAGUGUAGCAUAGGGAAUAAUGGAUUUGAUGUAAGUGAGAUCCUUUGAUAAGAGUAUGAUCGGCGGUCAUCUAAUCAUUCAUAGAGGGUCUCAUGAUGAUGAUAAUAUGAGUGAGAUCCUUUAAAAGAACAAAGAGUUUGAAAGGAAGCAAGUGAUAAAAAGAAUAGAGGUAGAUUUUGGUAGUAGUAUUAGUAAAGUAUUUAUGAGUAUGUAUUUGUACACUGUAAAUUUGUUUGACUAAAUGAGAGUUUUUCUAUCCAAAAUUGAUAUGUAACCUGCACCAGUAGAUCUGAUGCAGAGUGCAGUGAUGCAAUUAAGUAAUUUUCUCUAAACAGUUGGGAAUUUUAAUGCAAGAUGUGAUAUCUUACUGAGAUAUUUCCCUGCAA